UUUGGUAACUAAGGAGUUGGAAAACAGAUUUUCUGAGCGCGUCCGCUAGAGAAAAGUACCAGGAGGCCGCCUGUCUGGGGGAUAUUCCAUAGCAACCGUGGAUAAACAUGAGUUACUACAGCAUAAGGCCCUCCUCCUCCGCCAGCUUCUCCUCUAACGCCACCGCCAGUUGCCUUGAUGAUGACACCACCAGUCUCAGGCAGCAGAAGUUGGAGAAACAGAGGGCGCUGCUGGAGCAGAAGCAGCGGAGGAAGCGGCAGGAGCCCCUGAUGGUGCAGCCCAACCAGGAGGCCCAGCCGCGGCGCUCCAGCCGGCCGCGGCGUGGGGAGGAGCAGGCCCCGCUGGUGGACCUCCGCCUGGCCGUCACCGCCGACGCCAUCCUGGAAGGCAUCGACGGACCCGCUGCCUUCCUGGGCCCCGAGACCCCUGACCUGGGCUCCAAGAUCCAGGUGCUGUCAGUCUCCUCCACCCCCGGACAGUCGCGGCCCCCGCCGGGGGAGGGGCCUGAGAGGGACGGGGACACGGUGUCGCUGCUGGAGCCCAAGACGGACCUCCAUGAGCUGCUGCAGAGGAGAGGUCUGUCGGGCAGCAUGAAGUACGACGAGGAGCCCAGCGACGAAGACGAGGACAACAACGUGGAGCCGGAGGCCGAGCGCACGCGCUCCCUGACCCCCAACGCCGACGCCACCGCCUCCACCCGGCCCGCCUCCGCCUCCAGUGCCAAGUCCAGCUCCGAGCCUCUGUCGUCGGGCUCGCCCACGGCCGACGGCCCCCCCCUGGAGGUGGACGACCUGGAGGAGUUUGUGGUGCGGCCGGCGCCGCGAGGCGUCAUCGUCAAGUGCCGCAUCACGCGGGACAAGAAGGGCAUGGACCGAGGCCUCUACCCCACCUACUUCAUGCACCUGGAGAGGGAGGACGGGCAUCUGUAG